GCCCCAGGCAGAGAUGGAUGUCUGAAGUGGGAGGAUUGAGAGAAGGAGCUCAGCAUGGGUGAGGAAGGCAAGGCAUUUGGGAAGCAAACCUGCCACAGCCUCCCAGGCCUUGAGCAUGGGUUUUGGUCUUUAGCCUAAGAACAGUGGGAAGCCAUUAAAGAGUUUUAAGCAGGAGAGUAACAUGGCCUGAGGUUGGAGUGAAUGUCGGGAGACCAGUCAGGAGGCCACUGAAGUAGAUCAGAUGAAAAAAGGGGAUUGGUAGGAGUGGAGGAGGAAAAGGAGAGAAACAGAUAGAUUCAGGAAAUCUUUAGGAGGUAAAAUUAACAAGACUCAUUGAUGUAUUGACAAGAAAGAGGGAGGUGUGGUGAGUGACUCACAGGUUUCUAUCUUGGACAGCUGUAUGGAUGGUGGCACCAGUCUCUGAGAUGGGUGACCCUGGAGCCUGGUAGGACCCAAAGAUGUCGGUUCCCGAUUCUGGUCCCCGGCCCCCAGCAGCGCCUGCCCCCUUCCCACCGGGGCCCCCCAUGAUGCCACCACCCUUCAUGCCUCCUCCAGGAAUCCCCCCACCUUUUCCUCCAAUGGGGCUCCCCCCCAUGAGUCAGAGACCACCAGCCAUCCCCCCCAUGCCACCUGGCAUCAUGCCCCCAAUGCUUCCACCAAUGGGGGCGCCACCACCACUCACACAGAUACCAGGAAUGGUACCACCCAUGAUGCCAGGAAUGCUGAUGCCAGCGGUGCCCGUCACCGCAGCGACGGCUCCAGGUGCGGACACCGCCAGCUCUGCUGUGGCUGGGACAGGUCCUCCGAGGGCCCUGUGGAGUGAGCAUGUGGCCCCUGACGGGCGCAUCUACUACUACAAUGCUGAUGACAAGCAGUCCGUGUGGGAGAAGCCCAGCGUGCUCAAGUCCAAGGCGGAGCUCCUGCUGUCCCAGUGUCCCUGGAAAGAGUACAAGUCGGACACAGGCAAACCUUACUACUAUAACAACCAGAGUAAGGAGUCCUGCUGGACCCGGCCCAAGGACCUGGAUGACCUGGAGGCUCUAGUCAAACAAGAGGCUGCAGGGAAACAGCAGCAGCCACAGACACUACAGCCACAGCCUCCUCAGCCACAGCCUGACCCGCCACCUGUGCCUCCUGGCCCCAUCUUGGUGCCCACGGGCCUCCUAGAACCUGAGCCAGGUGGGAGUGAAGAUUGCGAUGUGUCAGAGGCUGCCCAGCCCCUGGAGCAGGGAUUCCUGCAGCAGCUGGAGGAGGGCCCCAGCAGUUCUGCUGGACAGCAUCAGCCACCACAGCAGGAGGAAGAGGAAGCAAAGCCAGAACCGGAGAGGUCUGGCCUCAGUUGGAGCAACCGGGAGAAGGCAAAGCAGGCCUUCAAGGAGCUGCUGAGGGACAAGGCUGUCCCCUCCAAUGCUUCGUGGGAACAGGCCAUGAAGAUGGUGGUCACCGACCCCCGUUACAGUGCCUUGCCCAAACUGAGUGAGAAAAAGCAGGCAUUCAAUGCCUACAAGGCGCAGCGGGAGAAGGAAGAAAAGGAAGAGGCCCGGCUAAGAGCCAAGGAGGCCAAGCAGACCUUGCAGCAUUUCUUGGAGCAGCACGAGCGCAUGACCUCCACCACCCGCUACCGGCGGGCAGAACAGACCUUUGGGGAGCUGGAGGUCUGGGCUGUGGUCCCUGAGAGGGAUCGAAAAGAGGUUUAUGAUGAUGUCCUCUUCUUCCUGGCUAAGAAGGAGAAGGAACAGGCCAAGCAGCUCCGGCGCCGCAACAUCCAGGCCCUGAAGAGCAUCCUGGAUGGGAUGAGUAGCGUCAACUUCCAAACCACAUGGUCCCAGGCCCAGCAGUACCUCAUGGAUAACCCCAGCUUUGCUCAGGACCAUCAACUGCAGAAUAUGGACAAGGAAGAUGCGCUGAUCUGCUUUGAGGAGCACAUCCGAGCUUUGGAGAGGGAGGAGGAGGAGGAGCGGGAGCGCGCCCGGCUUCGGGAGCGGCGCCAGCAGCGCAAGAACCGGGAGGCCUUCCAGACCUUCCUGGAUGAGCUACACGAGACAGGGCAGCUGCACUCUAUGUCUACCUGGAUGGAGCUGUACCCAGCAGUCAGCACUGAUGUCCGCUUUGCCAACAUGCUGGGCCAGCCGGGCUCCACCCCUCUGGACUUAUUCAAGUUCUAUGUGGAGGAGUUGAAGGCACGAUUCCAUGAUGAGAAGAAGAUCAUUAAGGACAUCCUUAAGGACCGGGGCUUCUGCGUGGAGGUGAACACAGCCUUUGAGGACUUCGCCCACGUCAUAAGCUUUGACAAGAGGGCUGCUGCGCUGGAUGCAGGCAACAUCAAGCUGACUUUCAAUAGUCUGCUGGAGAAAGCAGAGGCACGGGAGAGAGAGCGGGAGAAGGAGGAGGCACGAAGGCUGCGGCGCAGGGAAGCUGCCUUUCGAAGCAUGCUGAGACAGGCUGUGCCUGCCCUGGAGCUGGGCACUGCCUGGGAAGAGGUCCGUGAGCGCUUUGUGUGCGACUCCGCCUUUGAGCAGAUCACCCUGGAGUCGGAGCGGAUCCGGCUCUUCCGGGAGUUCCUGCAGGUACUGGAGACUGAAUGCCAGCACCUCCACAGCAAAGGCCGGAAACACGGCAGAAAGGGCAAGAAGCACCAUCACAAGCGUUCCCACUCACCCUCAGGCUCUGAGUCAGAAGAUGAGGAGCUGCCCCCACCAUCUCUGCGGCCCCCCAAGCGGAGGCGGCGAAACCCCUCGGAGUCAGGAUCUGAGCCCUCUUCCUCACUUGAUUCUGUUGAAAGUGGGGGUGCUGCCCUUGGAGGACGGGGUUCCCCAUCCUCCCGCCUUCUCCUUGGAUCAGAUCAUGGCCUCCGGAAAGCCAAGAAACCAAAAAAGAAAACCAAGAAGAGAAGACACAAGUCGAACAGUCCUGAGAGUGAGACAGACCCUGAGGAGAAAGCUGGCAAGGAGAGUGAUGAGAAAGAACCGGAACAGGACAAGGACAGGGACCUCCGGCAUGCAGAGCUCCCUAACCGUUCCCCAGGCUUUGGAAUCAAGAAGGAGAAGGUGAGAGGCAGGCACCCAGCCCCAGCCCAGGCCUUGGUAGCCCUCGUGGGGGAAGCCGUGGGUGAGCUGAGCCUUUGCUCCACCAGACGGGCUGGGACACAUCAGAAAGCGAGCUGAGCGAGGGUGAGCUGGAAAGACGGCGGCGGACACUCCUGCAGCAGCUGGAUGACCACCAGUGACCUGAAGAGCCACCCUGCCUCGGGUCUGUGUGAGGCCGUGGCCUAGUUUACCCUCGCCGUCUGCCCCAGACUUCUUCCUUAGUUGGGUCUGUGUCCACUUUUCCUCAAGUAACCCCAACCCCAACACACCAUUGCUGGCACCUCCCAAGGUUGCUUGUGGUGUUCAAGGGUCCCCCCAACUUCCCGGACAACUAGUGCAGUCCUUGCCCUCAGCCCCAGACCAGCGGUUGGUGGUGAAUGCCAUAUGGGUGGGUGGUGCCAGUGGAUAAAAUGUGAGAAGGGGCCCCCAGGAAGAGUGACAGGCUGGUGGAUACAGCCUGGGUGGCAGAGGGCGGGGUCCUUACCCUCUAGCAUCAGUGCCUGCUCCUGCCUGCCCGGGCCCUUGGGGCGCCACCACUCCUUCCUCCAGCCCUGGGGCCCAGUGUAUGUGUGUUUUGUUUUGGUUUUGGUUUUGUUUUUUAAAUAACAGUAUUUAU